CCUAAAUAAACUCCCUAACUGCUCCAUAUUUUGUUUAUCUUUUACCGUCACGUUACGACGCGGUGCUUCGCCGUCCGCUAAGAGCCGAACUCCGAUCGGAAAAUCGUAUCGCCACCGGACCCGAUCUUACGUAAGAUCAGCCACCCUUCAAAGGGGGUUGCGGAAGUCUCGUUACGGGUGGUGCAAAGUGAUAUUUUCCUGUGUUUUUUGGCUUUAGUUUAAUUCACCCCUAACCUUCACCCUCGCCGAGAUCGAGGUGUGCGUGACAUUGUGCGUGACACCUGUGCGUCACGUAUUUUGUGGAUUUCUUCAAUGGUGUGUGUACGGUGCCAGAGUGCGGAAAAUGGGUUAACGUGAAAAGGAAAUGUAUAGUAGUGAAGUGAUGCAAGUGGCGCACAGUAAAUGAUCAUAUCGGUUGUUUGUUUUGCCUGUUGAGAUAGAGCCUCUGUUUGGACCUACCCCUCCGCUCUCGGACCUACCCUAACUGCUGAGCCAAGAUCGGAGUUGGAAAUGGAGUUCUUCUCGAAAUUGCUGAAGAUCAGUCGAUCGUCGAAGUCACGGUCAAGAUCGCCGACUCCAGACCCCCCGGUCACAGGGCCGUCCUCUCCAGUCGCCACUCAAAACGAGGCCGUGAAAGAAUCUACAUCAAUCAAAGAGCGCAUCAAAGAAGAUAAUAAAAGUAAAGAAGAUAAGAAUCAUCAGAACUAUGAAAAUUGUUUGAGACCGAGUAGAGAAACUAGAAAAAUUCAAGCUGCCCCGUCAAGCAUUGGUGUCCAAGAAAAACACACGUCUACUGUCCAUGUCCAAGAAAACCACAUGGCUAGCGUUCAUAUUCAGGAGAGGCACCCUCAUUCUCCCGGAAAUACUCCUCAAUCCGGCUUAGAUGUAAAACACGAUCAUUUUAGCAACGAAAUCUUCAUUCAACCAAGGAAUCAAAGUCCGCAAAUUUACGAUAGCAGUAGAGUUAGGCCACAAUUAUCCUCUUCGCAUCCAGAAUUGAGAACUAAACAAUCGCGAGAAAUGACUCCCAAUUCACCACCCCCAAAGGACACUAUUAAGAUUCGAAGCAACUCAUUAGAAGCGGAAGAAGCGGUCAACGCAACUAAGAAUAAUAUUGAAGUGUUAGCUUACCUAAAAAAAUCAGAGCUCAACGAUAGGCAUAAGGAGAAUAUUGAACGCGUCAAACUUUUCCUCGCAAGCAAUUCAACGAACAAUCAAUCACUCAGUAUUAAAGAUACUGAAUUUUCAACCGGAGAUGGACAAAAUCUAAUUGCGCCCUCCUCUCAUGUUGCAGCUGGGAAAAAUGUAACAUCUAGUAACGUUUGUGCCACUAGUUUUAGGUCAACAAGCGGCUCAAAUAUUUCACAAAAUCGAAACGAUCUUGCUAAUUCAAAUUCAAUAAGUAAUGCACAUCUCAUAUAUCCAUUUUCGCGUGAUAAAAGUAGUUUCGAAAUUGGGAAGUCUUACUCGUCUCCCGCAAUACCAACCACUCUUAGAAAAUUAGAAUCCUUUCCUUUCGCGAAAGCUGGGAAUUCAGCCACGAAUCUUCCCGAGGUGUUUAACCUAUCUAACUGUGAUUUUAGUAGCUUUGAUGAAACGGCCGAACAUCGAUCCUGUAGGUCGUUACCUCCGAGAAACUGUGUUCGUAGUUUGUCUUCAAGAACAAAGAAACUCACGCGGCAAUCAGCGACAAAUUCUUUUGGGGACUCUGAUAGUGAUGAAGAAAUUGAAAUUUUAGGAAAGUGCUGCCCUGCUGAGUCUAAACAAUCAACCCUGAACUUAGGGCGAGAUCCAAAAAUAAAAGAGCAAGGUCAAAGUGACAAUAUCUUUGGAGCUGAAAAUUUCGACUUAAAGACGCAGCCUAAAUCAAAUGUAUCAAACAAUGCUGAAAUUAUUCUAGACUCCUCCGACAUGCAUCCAAGUAUUACUACUGCAUCCUCUUUUACAAGCGGAAGUACGCAAAUAAUUGAUUCUCGGAAACUUAUUUUCGAUUGCAACUUUGAGGAUACGCUAGGAAUCAAAGCAGUCACACCAAAAAGUAAUGAUUCCGGUUUCUGUGAAAGCACUGAUAGCUCAAAGAAUAUAAUUAAUGAUGUAUAUGAGUCUAGUCAGAGCUAUGCCGUGCAUUCAAGUGACACCGGACAAUCGAGCUCUUUGAUAAUUGGUACCUCAGCUUACGAUGCAAGUGAAGAGACUGUUGAACAAAAGGUCUCGAUAAAAAAGGCUGAUUUAGCAAAUGACAUUUUUGUUGCAGCAAGUACGUCAAGAAAUACUGCAGACAUAGAUAGUCAUAGCGAAACCUCGUACACAGCUGGGACUUACGUAGAGAGUCAACUCCUAGAAAACGACCACAAAUCGAUCUUGUCUGAUGCAGAGGAGAACGCAAAAGACAAAGGUGAAAAUUCCAGCUUCAUGAAUAUAUACAUGAAAGGAGAAAUCGGCGAUUCGGUCAAAAUAGAGAAGAUCGGUGAUAUGUUCAUUUCAGAUUCGAGCCGAAAAAGUUCGUCUCAAAGUUUAGCGGACGAACUGGAGGGUUAUGCGAGGGAAAGUGACAUCGAUUUUGAGAGCGACAGCCUGGAGGGAAGUGACGAGAUGUCGGGGAGUGGCUCCGAGGAUGGGUUUGAUUUCGAGAUUGAGUUCGUGGACGACAUAGAAGAGAGACUGAAGGAUAACCGAAGCACGGCGACGCCCAGCGAUAAGAUCCAAGAAAGCUUGGGGAAGCUUUUCAAUACCCUCCAAUACUUGGACGAUGACAACGAGGAAGACUUCGUUCGUCAUCACGAGACCGAAAUCGACAUCCACGCUCCUGCCGAGUAUCUGACCGUCCAAAAACCGCGAACGCGAAAACGGAGCUUGCGAAUCCGUUUGAGUCCGGUUAUUGAGUUGCUGGACGAGUCCGUUAGUCCCACUAUCCUUUUCGACUUUGGCAACAAGACGUUCGAUGACCAAACUCACCGCAAUAAAAGCGCCAUCGUACCGUAUGGAGAUGCAUCCGUUAGUAGGCAGAAUGAGGACUCUUUCUCAGAGCAUUCGGAAAGUUUGAGUGGCAGUAGUAUCGAUAAUCAAUGGCAGAAUACCACUUCUUCGGAGAUCCCUUCGACUUUAUGCUCCUCGGGGCAAUUUCAAAUAAAAAUCGACCCUCCUAGUAAUAGUUUAGAUGAUGAAAUUUCUUUCGGUAUUCAAGGAACAUCCGGCAUUUCUUCUAAUGAUUUUGGUGAACAAAUUGAGACGCCAGAAGAGGAGCUGAAGAAAGAGAUGAAUAAGGUAUGUGUGGAAUCGUCUUCAAGGGAAGAAACGGACAAAAAGCACGAAAGUAUUAAGACGGAAAAGUUCAUAGAGGAAGAGUCAAGAAAGUUAGUGGUGAUGGAACAAACUAAUUCUGUUCAGAGUACAAUAAUUGAUGGAGCCAAUUCCGAGCUAUUUCCAUCAUCAUUAUCGUCAUCUAAGGAAGCAGCUGCAGAAGACUCAGAAAGGGUUUCAACAAACACUAGGCCAGUAGACUUUGCUGGUGACUUUGCUCACUCGAUAGAGGGAGAGGAAUGUAAAGCUGAGAGAGCAGAAGGAAUUGGCCACGCUCAAAAUCAAAACGGAUGUUCUAGUAAAGUCGAGCCUGAAAGACCAGAGAGUUUGAAGGAACUAUGCGAGGCGACCAUAUAUGCUGAUUUUGAAAAUCGAAAUAUAGAAUCCUUCAGUCAAGAAAACAACGUCACCUCGAACGAAAAUAGCAGUGCAAAUUUGUGUGAUAUGAUGUGUUACAAAGAAAAAGACAAGAACGCAGAAAUUCGAGGACGACUCGAAAGGAGAGGGAAUGCUGUGAACGCAGACAGACAAGAUGGGUCCAAACAAAUGUCCAAAGAACUAUCAAGAGAUCUAAGUAACAUGAGCUCAAAGGAAAGCUGUGAUAAAAGUGAUAGUGAUGAAAUACUGUAUCAUUCCAGACAUAAUGACAAAAUAGAACUGAGCAAAGUAAUUGGUGAACGGGGUUCGGCAAAGUCCACGAAUGAAACAAGCUCUGUCCUUGGCGAAGAGCCAUCAGGUUCUCAUUCCGACAGGAUCUAUGAUUGCCCUAGCAGAAACGAUAUACCUCAGGUAGUUGCCUCCUGCAGUAGUAGCAUCAAUUAUAAGGGGGAAGACAUUUUUCCUGAAGUUCCCUCUUCCCAUAAUGAUAGUAACGAAAAAUGUGUAGUCGAACAUCAACAAGACUCUAUAAUAUCGGAUAUUUCGUGGAAUUUCAACUCACGGAAAAAGCAGAGAAAAAUCGAGGAUAAGUUUACUGUGACUCUUGUUCCUGAGAGUGAGAGCUUUGAUAUCGAAGAUGUGCAACUCGACAUUCCAUUACUGACGGCUACCGAGUGGGAACAAACCCGUGGUGGCCAGUUGGAUACCUCUGAUACUGUGCUAAAUGAGCCAGGCUGCACAUUCACGGACUUACGGAUACCAGAUCUUAUCCAUCGAGAUUUGAACCCUUCGCCAUCGUGUUCGAAAGAGAGUGAAAAUAACAGGAUAGCGUUUACCGACAACGAGACAAAAAUAAACUCCUCAAUAAAUUCUUCACGCGAAGGUGGAAAGAAAAGUGAAGAAGAAGUCAUGCUAAGAGAGGACAUCAUGAACCAUCAAUCAACUGAGGAGAUUCUGAAGCUUUUGCACGCCAAAGAGGAUGAAGUACGAGCUCUGGGAGAGCGAAUGAAACAAAAAGAAGAAGAGCUGCAAAGGCUAAUGGACAGCAAACGACACUUGGAGAACCUUCUCGGGCAUAGUGGUGAUAAGCUGAGCUUGGUUGGUACGUCAACAUCAGGUGCUCAAUCCGGGCUACCUACCACUGAUUCGGACAAAUUGAAGGCGGUGGUGCGGGAGUACGAAGAAAUUAUAGCUGGUCUCAUGGAGAUUGUCGAAAGAGAUCGCAAUGAGUUUGAUAAAGAAAGACAGAACUUGCAGAAAGAAAUUACAGAGCUCAUCAGCCAUCUGAAUAGUUUGGAACUAGCCUUCAAUGAUAUUCACCUGAAAUACGAAAAAAGUAAGAUAGUAAUUGCAGGAUUCAAAAGCAACGAGGAUUUGCUGAAACAAUGUAUUGCUGACAUGGAGAUGGUAAUCAUGAACCAUGAGAAGAGAUAUAACCGUCUCAAGGAGCACGCUACAUCUGAACUUCAGAGGGCAAAUGAAGAGGUUGGCGCUAUGCGAAGGGACCAUGAGGCCAAACAAGCCUCUUACAACGAUUUACUCAAAAAAUGCGAGGUGCAACUCAAAUCGCUCCAAGAGAUAGUCAACCAGAAGAUGGAAGAGAAUACGUCACUUAUGAGAAUAUGUGACGAUUUGAUCCAGAAAGUCUCCGACAUGAAUCACUAAUGUCAGGCUCAAGUGCUAGAAGCGCAUUAAUAGUGCCCUUAUGAUUCAUUUUUAUUAUGCUCAAUGAUCAUAUCGACUGUCAUACAUUAUUUUUUAAA